AUGGAAAUAGGAAAUAAGGUUUACCUAAAUAACAUUGACCAGAUAGAUGAAAAAUCGCAUAUCAAGGUUCGGGUGCUUAAAAUUUGGAACUUUGUCAGAAAUAAUAAAGUUUGUUCCAUUGAAAUGAUCAUCAUGGAUGAGGAGGCUGACAGCACCAUCCUUUCACCCUGGGAAGACAAUGCAUGGUCACGCAAUUUUGUGAAAGAGUGACUUUCUUCCAUCGGAGCAGUUAUGUCAGAUCAUAUUAAAGGAAAGGCAAAUGCAUCUUCUGAGAAUAUCCAGUUCAAAUGGGGGCAAAAGGAGCAAAAUAAUGGAAAGAAGCAUGAUAGGCAAUAUUAUAGAUCAUUUACCUACGAUGGUGUAGACUACUUCCUUUAUGAUUCUGUAUACAUAUGGUGUGAAGGUCAACCAGAGCCCUAUAUUGGUAAACUUACAGAGAUAUAUGAGACAAAACAUCUUGAGAAGAAAGUGAAAGUUGUCUGGUAUUUUCAUCCCACACAUGUUCGAAAGUAUUUAAGAGGCACUCAAACACUCAACAAUGAAUUAUUCUUGGCUUCAGGUGUAGGUCGAGGUCUCUUUAAUGUCAACCCUUUGGAAACAAUAGCAGGGAAAUGCGAUGUUGUAUGCACAUCAAAGGACAAGAGGAAUCCUCAACCAUCUAUUGAAGAAGUGGAAAUGUGUGAUUAUGUAUUUUACAAGACAUUUGAUGUUGAAAAAUUAAGAUUAUCAGAAAGAUUUCCCGAUAAGAUAGCUGGAGUUGAAGUUGGAUUCUUCUUUAAUCCGAGAAAACAUUUGGAAAUUGGCACUCCUCCAAAAUCCAAUUGGAACUCCAAAGUUUCAGGGAAAUCAAAUUCAUCUUCCAAAUUUGAAACAGGUCACUGUUCUACUGCAGUAAAAGAUGAAGUAUCUGAUUUUAGGGUUCCUCGUUCAAAUCUUGGUAGGCUAACAAACUCAUCAACUAGUGAAUACCACUUGAACAAAAGGAAGCUUCAAGACUCUAAAGUUAAACCUGAUAAGUCCACUAAAAGACCAAAAUUGGAUUCAAGCAAUUGGUUCAAGGAACAACCAUGGGAGGAAAGGAUGCAGAUAGCUAAUGAAACAGGCUCCCUUGUAUUACUAGAGAAUCUAGAUCCAUCCCUUACAUCAUUAGAAGUAGAGGAUAUUGUUUUGGAUGCUUUUCAUAAAAAGGCUAGUGCAAAGAUGAUACAGUGUAACGCGUAUUCAAGCCCACACAAUGGACAAGCUCUUGUGAUAUUUAAUUCAAAAGAUGAAGCAGAUUUUGCUAUUUCUGAGUUAAAAACCAGAUGUCUAAUGCUUGGAGAUCUAAGACCCAUUGUUGGUAGUAGACCUUCAUUGAAGGAGAAAGGUAAAAAAUCAAGGUACUUUGGUCAUUUAACAUUCAAAACCAUGAAACAAAUGCGGUCUAUGGAUAUGAGAAACGCAGUUUCCACAUCCCACUUUUCACAGCCAAAUACCAUUGAUUUUGAGAUGGCACUCGAGUGGUGCACACUGCAAAUGAGGUGGAAAUUCUGUUGGGAUGGAUUAUACGAGCAUCAAGGAAAAGAAAUUGCCGACCUUAAAACACAACUUUCCAACCACAAGGACUAAAUAUGUAAAAAUUCCAAAUCACCACAAACACAAGAGAUCGAUAGAAUUUCCAUCUUUUCAAGCUAUCAACUAUGAUAUAUUGUUUUAGUUUUUUACUCUUUGGAGGAUUUGUUGAUGAGUGACUUGUGAAUGUGAGGGAUAACUCCACCACCAGCAAUCGUUCCUUUUAUAAGCGUGUCAAGUUCUUCAUCUCCUCUUAUCGCAAGCUGUAAAUGUCUUGGUGUUAUACGUUUCACUUUCAAAUCCUUGCUUGCGUUACCGGCUAACUCGAGCACCUCCGCCGUCAGAUACUCUAGUAUAGCCGCCGUGUAAACAGCUGCCGUUGCUCCGACUCUUCCGUUAGCAGCCACUCUCGUCUUCAGAAGCCGGUGAACUCGACCCACCGGAAACUGCACAAAUCGCAUAACAAUCUAAUUAAACAAACUCCAUUCGUUUAAUCAUUUAUCAGAUCUGACUAAAGUCAACACAGUCUUCUCUCCGAUUCUCCGUUUCCGUUCGCCGGUGAAUCGGAGAUUGAGGAAAGGAGAAGAAACCUGGAGACCGGCGCGUGAAGAGCGAGUCGUCGGCUUCUUCUUGUCUUUGUCCUUGUUGGAUAAUACGUUUGUUUUCCCCGUUAGCAAACCUUUUGCUCCUUUCCCAGACAUUUUCCCGCCAAAAUUUCGGAGGAUAUUUUCGGCCAAUUACUGUUCCCGUUCGUCGCCGGAGUUGAUCUGAGAAUUUUAUCUGCGGAUAUGGAGAGUUGUCUUAUUCAAUAGGCAUCGAAAAGAGGAGCAGGAGCCAGAUCCUUUUGUCAGCCAAUAGUCUUUCUUUUUUCUUUAUCCUGUUGAUAUUAGUUGUUCAUUUUAGCCCCUGAACUUUCAUCAGCUUGUCAUUAUGGAUCAGCUUCUUCUUAGAUUUGUAUAGUUUAUCUUUUAGUUUGGUCAUUUUUAAGAACCGAUUUCAUCUGAUGCGAAUCAAGUAAAUCUAAUCUGAUUUUGAUUUUCAUAUCUAUUCAAAUAGUUUGAAAUAAGUUAAAAUUCACGGUUCAUUUUUUACUUAAUAUAUAUUUCAAAAGUCCUGACAUUUCAAGAAAAUAUAUAGCUUUAGUAGUAACAAGUCGUAUUGUCGAAUGAGAUAUCACCAAAGUACUUUGAUGUUCGUAUAUUUGGAUAUUCCAAACUCAAAAGUAUAGUAACGGAGCCUGUUCGGCUUGAGUAAAUAAUACAAGGGAUGAAGCCCAAUUUUUAUUUUUAUUUUUUAAUGACAUAAAACUUGCCGUCAUAAGACAUUUGUACAAAAAAAAACGCAAAAUUAUAAGUAGAUAAGGAUUCCUUUAUACAUGGGACAUCCAAAUCCAAAUUAUUGGUGUAUGUAAUAUAAGAUUUGGGGUCCACAUAAAGCUUAACUCCUUCACUGUUCUUGUCUCAAAAUGAUGUUGGGUCACAUGAAAAUUGUUAGUGGAAAAACCAUCCCAUAGCGUGCUUUAACUUAAACAACUGAGAGGUCAAAACAGUUAAACUAACCCAUUUAAAAGUAACAAAUAAAAAGAUAUAAUAUGAAGGU